GAAGUGGCCGCCUCCUGCCCAGGUGCUGGGGACAGGGUGAAGCCGAGCCUGGACCAAGGUGAGCAGGGACCAAGGUGAGCAGGGAGCCUGGACCAAGGAAGAUCAGUAGAUGACAAUGUCUACCACCAAUAUUCCUGGAAGUUCAGGAUAUGCUUUAAUUAGUGAUAAAUCAUUUGAUUUCUACAAGGAUCCUGUGCAUUUUUGCGAUUGGCAAAUUCAGAACUGUGGAAGCAGAAUUUUUCAAGCACGUUUCCUGAACAAGCCAACUGUAUUUGUAUGUUCUGUUAAAGGGAUGAAAGAAUUGCUAAGUGCUAAGAUAUCUAUAUUUGAAAAGGAUCCUUCAACAAUUAUGCAUGAGUUGUAUGGUGAUAAUCUAGUCUCAACGAAUGAAAAGGUCAAUAACUUUGAUCCAUCCUACACUCCCUCUAUGUGUAAGCUGUAUGGAGAUAUCAUCUGCAUCACUCAUGGAGAAGAGGCACAGUUAUUGAGACUGUCACUGAUGCAGUUGUUUAACAACAAAGCGCUUGAAACUCAUAAAGAUUGUAUUAACAGAGUAUGUACAAGGAAUCUGAAGGACCUUGCACAAAGCAAAGAGCCUGUUGCAAUUUAUGAAAUGUUCAAACGAUUGGCUACGGAACUCGUACUGGGAAUUUUUCUUAGCAUCGAUGCAGAGGAAUCUGCGGCACUCUACAAACAGAUUACAGACCUUUCAACACAACAUUGGCAUGGAUUGAUCUCCACUCCUGUGAAUGUGAAAGUGUCGGGUUGGUCCUCGGGGUUGUCUCAGGCUCUGGAAGCGAAAGAAAAACUGCUUAACAUCAUCAAUGAGCGUCUCCAGACUGUGGAUGAAGGCUUAAUCUCCAAAAUAAAGGACGUACCAUUUCCAGAAAGCACCUGUGCAGCACAGCACCUCCUACUCUUUAUUUCAGCACUCAUUCCUAAGGCGCUUGCAUCGCUGUUGACUUCCUUCACAAUUGUACUCGCUGGAUCAAACAAGGUUCAUGUUCGUAAACGUGCACGAGAAAAUGAAGCGUACUUGGACCAUGUACUACUAGAGGUGGAAAGACUUUGGCCUUCCUUUAUUGGUGGACGAAGAGUUGCAAAGCAGGACACCACACUCGGUGGCUACACUGUCCCUAAAGGGACCCAAGCAAUGUUCAUUGCAUUCGCUAUCCAUAGAGAUCCUGAAGUCUUUGAUAAUCCUGAUGAGUUUCAACCAGAAAGAUGGUCUGGAAGAAAUGCUGGCCAAGAAACGCUCUUAUGCUGUUUUGGGAAUGGAUCUAGAAACUGCAUUGGUAUUGGCUUAAACAACUUGAUACUGAAGACGGCCGUUGGUUACUUACUAAAUAAUUACUGCUGGGAAUUGAGCCCUCCCACUCAGUCACUGCGGUACAAAUGGCUGCCUGUUACCCGGCCCAGUGAAGACACCAAAAUAAAAUUCACAUUGUGUUCUCACGAACAUUAGUGCUCUCCCUCAACUCUUCAUUGUCCGGUACAUCAACAAGGAUCUGUGUGAUCAACAAACUGCAAUCCAUUGGCAAGAGAUGACAUUGAGUUUCAAUUCUGAGAGAUUACCAUUGUCCUCGCACUGUCUAAAUCUAUGUAACACUUGUUUGAAGGAAUAUAACUAUUGUCUUAAAGAUCAUUUCUACAAUAAAGUUAUUAAACAGUUUUGUAA